AUGGCAUUAAACAUAUUACACCUACCAGGUUUAGUAUAUUGGAACGAAGAGAGUUCUGCAAUCUAGUUUUCUUGGCUUAGGAGGCAUAACGAUGUAACCAGUGUAAGGAACUUGUUUAAGCGUUAAGUGGUGUUUAGGUCUAUUUUUGUUUGAAGCGAUCGUGUUAUUUAUAUACGUUUGCGUUGUCACGCAUGAGAGGAACAAUAUUUUAUACUUUGGUGAUGAUGAUGGUGACAAUGGUGAUGAUGACGGUGACAAUGGUGAUGAUGAUGGUGGCAAUGGUGAUGAUGAUGGUGGCAAUGGUGAAGAUGAUGGUGGCAAUGGUGAUGAUGAUGGUGAAAAUGAUGAUAAUGAUGGUGACAAUGGGGAUGAUAGCAGUGAUGGUAGCAAUAGCAGUAGUGGUGAGGAUGGAAGUGGUUAUAACAGUGAUGGUGGUGAUGCUGGUGGAAGUGAUGGCAAUGAUUUGGGUGGCAGUGACCAAAGUCACAAAUUAUUGUUCCUAUAUGCAAAUACAUAA